UAUAAAUUCCAACUAGAGAGACUUAGGAGUUAAGAGAAAAAAUGGUGUGGCCAUUGAAGGAGAGAAGGGGUCCAGCAUGAAAGCAAGGGUGGACAAUGAACACAUUGUCAUCCAUAUCGGCGCCUCCAUUUCAACUAGUAGCCAUAGUUGGCAUUGUGAUGUUUUUGCUAUUACUCCCUUCUUACAUUAAAUUGAGGACAACCAUGCAAACAGCCACCAUCAACCUCAACUUUCUCCUCUUGUUUCUUCCACUUCUCUUAAUACUCGUUGCACAUUCCAUAUCAAAGCAUGGCUCGCGCCUCGUCCUUCCGGCCCCUGUCUCGUCCCUUGCUCGAGCCAUGGGGCGAACUUCGUCAGCAGGAACCGGAGGAGGGUCGCCGUGGGGCGUGGCCGCGCUGGUGGUGUUGCUCUUGGCAUUGGCCUUCUUCCGCUCCAAUUUCAGGUCUAUGUGGUCGCCACUGGUUUGGAGAUCCUACUAAUUGGAACCAGAUGUUGACUCGCGGACGCGGUAGCAGGUGAGGUAGAGGUAGGAUAGGCACCGUUACUCCUAGCACGACAGGGAAUCCAGUAGAUUUUAUGGCUGCUCUGGGAAAUAUGGCUGCAGCUAUGCAAGCGACAACCGAGGCACUAGGUAAUCAGAUAAACUAGGAUAAUCACGGGAACAAUAAUGAUGAGGACGGUCCUAUAACACUUGCUACAUUUCUGAAAGUUCACCCUCCAACCUUCAGGGGAACCUCAAAUCCCACUGAUGCAAAUAAUUGGAUUCAGGCUAUAGAACGGGCGUUGCAAGCUCAACAGGUUCCUGAAGAGCAAUGGGUUGAAUUUGGAACUUAUCAGCUGCAUAGUGAGGCUCAGUAUUAGUGGCAGGGAACACGACGUAUCCUGCAGCCUUAUGGUGCUGCGAUUCCUUGGGAGGUUUUCCGAACAGAGUUUUAUAAGAAAUACUUUCCUAAUUCAGUCAAAAAUGCCAAGGAACUUGAAUUGAUGCAAUUAAAGCAGGGCCAAAUGACUGUUACUGAGUAUAAUAACAGGUUUGAGGAGUUAUGUCGCUUUUCUUGUAUCUGUCAAGGUGCGCCUAAAGAUUUUGCUGAGUGAAAGUGUAUUAAAUAUGAGGGAGGUCUUCGGAGCGAUAUUUUGCGCUUUGUUGCCCCAAUGGACAUCAGAGUAUUUUUUGAAUUGGUGAAUAAGAAUAGGGUGGUUGAGGAAUAUGUGAAAAAGGUGGCAGUAGAGAAAGGAAGUCUAAGGGUACCUUUCCAGAGGCCUUCAGGGAGGAACUUUGCUCCGAGAGGUAGAAAUUUCAAGCGUGGAGGUUUUGUUCUACAGCAGAAUCAAGGCCAGGGUAAUUACAAAAUGUUGAAUACUAAUGUUAAUCAAGGGAGAAGGUUUGGAAUGCAGCCACAGCAGGAUUUAAACUGUCAUAGGUGUGAAAAGUAUCAUCCUGGAGUUCCGUGCAAAUCAGGACUUGGGGUAUGUUAUUUUUGUGGACAGCCCGGGCAUUUGGCCAAUAAUUGUCUGGAGAAGAAAAAGUAUGAGACUGGUAGGGCACAACAGCUAGGGAGAGUAUAUAUUACUUCUGCAGCAGGUACUGAGGGAUCUGAGACACUUAUUAGAGAUGCAGGUCGAGAGGCAUUUCGUUAGGCGUCUGGACUCCUGAAGCGAAGUGGUUACUGGGUUAUUUUGUUGUACAGUGAUGUAUAUAUAUGUACUUAGCUUUCUCUCCGCAUAACUUAUUCUUUUGAUCCUCUUAGAGGUUUAUGGAGAGAUAGGAUUUUGUUUAUGUACAUUUGGAUUUUGGAUAUGUAUAUAUAUGUGUGUAUAUUCUCCAGCUAGUGUUGACUUCGCGGGCUGAGUUAGGAGGUUGUUACUUUGUAUCUUUGACCCUCUUUUCCUGUUUUUGGUUACUUUAUAUUUAACAGCUAUAGCUUUCUUAGU